UGACAUUGUUCCACACUCCACCAUAACACUAGCCGUUCUGUUUAGUUACUACAUCAGCUUUCAAAAACCUGAGGUUGUCAGUAUGAGAGCAUUAACAGCACUGCUCCUGUGCGCAACAGCAUUGCUCACAGGCACAGCAGAGCCCAAGGAAUUAACUGUCACCACUAUAAAGCAAGACCCAUACACCAUGUCUAAAGACUCAGAACUGGAGGGUUACUGUAUCGAUCUGAUUUCGGAGCUGGCAAAAAAACUGGGCUUCAAGUACAACAUACAGUUGGUGAAGGAUGGAAGGUACGGGACAUUAACUGAGAGCGGGAACUGGACUGGCAUGAUCGGGGAGGUGGCCAGAGGGGAGGCAGACCUGGCUGUGGCGCCACUAACCCUCACGGCAACGAGGGAACAGGUGGUGGAGAUGACCACCCCUUUUAUGCAGACUGGAAUCAGCUUCCUCUUGAGAAAGGACCUGGCAUCCGAGGAGAGCAACUUCAGCUUCCUGACGCCCUUCUCGUCCGACAUGUGGGUGGGGAUGCUCAUCGCCUUCCUACUGACUGGCCUCUGCAUCUUCUUGGUGGCCAGAAUAAGUCCCUGCGAGUGGGCAGAGCCGGAGACCGAUGAGAAUAGUUUCACCCUGCUGCACAGCUUCUGGUAUAUCACUGGAGCCCUCGCCCUGCAAGGUGCUGGCCCUCACCCUAAAUCCCUGUCAGGACGUGUCAUUAGUGCCGCCUGGUGGGUGUUUGCAGUACUGCUCCUAGCCUGCUACUUUGCAAACUUCAACUCCAUGCUGAACUCUGACACCAAGCACAUUACCAUAAACAGCUUUGAGGACCUGGCCAACCAGGAUGUCAUUGAGUAUGGAACAGUUAAUGGUGGUUCCACAAUGUCUUUCUUUAAGAAUUCAAAAAAUCCCACUUACCGGCGUAUCUACCAGCACAUGGAGCGCUGGAAGAGUUACGUUCCGAGCAUGGAGGAGGGUGUCCGUCGUGCACAGGAAGGAAACUACGCCUUUAUUGGUGAGGCAGUGUCUCUGGAUCUGGCCGUGGGUCGUUACUGCAAACUGACUCGAGCCCAAGAUGCCAUUGCCAUGCGAGGGUACAGCAUCGCAGCACCCCUUGGUUUCCCACUGGUAAAGAAUCUGACCGUAGCCAUCCUACAGCUGAGCGAGUCAGGUGAGCUGACCUACCUGCGGGACAAGUGGUGGCCCAGUAGCUGUAUUGGAGCGGAGGGGGCCCACGACUCGGGCCCCUUGCAGCCCCACAGCCUUCGGGGCCUCUUCCUGCUGCUGGGGCUGGGGCUGGGGCUAGGGCUUCUGAUGGCACUGUUGGAGCUUGCCAGCAAGGCUCGCAGCCAGGCCAAGGACAACAAGAAAUCGUGUUGCUCAGUGUUGGCCGUGGAACUGAGUCGGCGUUUUGGAAGCAGUGGCGAGAGCACGAGCCCAGAAGCCUCAGACAAAAACAAAGCUUAAAGGAAAUGUCUACGAGUUGAUAAGAUAGUGAGUUUGAUCGUUUGAUAAGUAGUCAAAGGUAUCUUCCACAAGAAGCUACGGAGUUAGAGCACCACAGUCACUGAUUUUAGAUAUAAUUGUAUUUAAAAGCUUAAAAUGCUAUUGCAGUGAUAUUUACAUUCUGACUGUUUGAACAUGUGUUUAGCUUUUUGUAGGCUAACAUUGCAAUUCUGCCAUUGCAAUCGUUUCCCACUAACUCAAGACGUUAUAGCUAACUGUGUUUUGUUUUACUUUAACCACGUGUCUCUACCAAAUAAAUACUGGAUGUCCCAACUGCUU